UCCCCAAAGGUCAGCAGUCAUCUCCUGUACUGUCAGCAGUCUCUGGUCAUCCCUGUGCUGUCCGCAGUCUCUGGUCAUCCCUGUACUGUCUGCAGUCUCUGGUCAUCCCUGUGCUGUCCGCAGUCUCUGGUCAUCCCUGUGCUGUCCGCAUCUCUGGUCAUCUCCUGUGCUGUGUCCGCAGUCUCUGGUCAUCUCUGUACUGUAGUCUCUGGUCAUCUCCUGUACUGCGUCUGCAGUCUCUGGUCAUCUCCUGUACUAUGUCCGCAGUCUCUGGUCAUCUCCUGUGCUGUCCGCAGUCUCUGGUCAUCCCCUGUACUAUGUCUGCAG